CGGCUAUUGAUCGCACCCAGAUGCCCGUUCAAAUCUCUCCCGCCUCUCCCUUGUGGAGACGGAGGCCGAGAUGCCGCCACUGCCCUUCGCGUCCAUGGACGCCUUCUACCUCCACCUCCUCCGCUCCUGCGCCGCGCUGCCGCACGCCGCUGCCGUGCACGCCCACAUCGCCCGCGCGCACCCUGGCGCCUCCCUCUUCCUCCGCAACUCACUCCUCGCAGCCUACUGCCGCCUCGGGGGGCCCCUCCCGGCCCGCCGCCUGCUCGACGAAAUGCCCCGCCGCAACGCCCUCUCCUUCAACCUCCUCAUCGACGCCUACUCCCGCGCUGGCCUCGCCGAGCACUCCCUGGGAACCUUCGCGCGCGCGCGGGGCGCGGGGGUCAAGGUUGACCGGUUCACGUACGCCGCCGCGCUCGCCGCGUGCUCGCGUGCGGGCGACGUGAAGGUGGGCAAGGCCGUGCACGCGCUGGCCGUUCUUGAAGGUCUCUCCAAGGGUUUGUUCCUGUCUAACUCGCUUAUCAGCAUGUACUCCAAAUGCGGCAAGAUGGACGAGGCGAGGCGGGUGUUUGACGUCGCUGAUGAGCAUGACGAUGUCUCGUGGAACUCACUGGUCUCCGGGUACGUCAGCGCCGGUGCGCACGACGAGAUGCUGAGGGUGUUCAGUCUGAUGCGUCGGUGCGGCAUGGGUUUGAAUUCGUUCGCGCUUGGGAGCGUCAUCAAGUGUUGCUCUUGUGGUGGUGAUAUUGGAGGGUGCAUUGCAGAGGCAGUUCAUGGAUGCGUGGUGAAGGCUGGGUUGGACAGCGACGUGUUUCUUGCAAGCGCGAUGAUUGGCAUGUAUGCUAAGAAAGGCGCCUUGAGCAGCGCUGUUGCGCUUUUCAAGUCGGUGCGAGACCCAAAUGUGAUUGUUUUCAAUGCAAUGAUUGCAGGAUUCUGUCGGGACGAAGCUGCAGUUGGCAAGGAAGUCACGAGAGAAGCAUUAAAUCUGUAUUCGGAGCUGCAGAGCCGAGGGAUGCAACCUACUGAGUUCACAUUCUCAAGUGUUCUACGGGCGAGUAACUUGGCUGGUGAGUUUGAAUUCGGGAAACAAUUACAUGGGCAAGUGCUCAAACACAGUUUCCAAGGCGAUGAGUUUAUUGGGAGUGCACUCAUCGACUUGUACUUCAAUUCUGGUUGCAUGGAAGAUGGAUACAGGUGUUUCAGAACUCUUCCUAAGGAAGACAUUGUCACCUGGACAUCGAUGAUUUCAGGGUGUGUUCAGAAUGAGCUUUUUGAGGAGGCACUGAGAUUGUUCGGAGAAUCAUUAUGUUAUAAAUUGAAACCUGAUCUUUUCACUAUAUCGAGUGUGAUGAAUGCAUGUGCCAGUUUGGCUAUUGCAAGGACUGGUGAGCAGAUCCAGUGCCUCGCCACAAAAUCUGGUUUUGAUCGGUUCACUGUCAUGGGGAAUUCCUGCAUACAUAUGUAUGCUAGAUCAGGGGAUGUUGAUGCUGCAACUCUGAGGUUUCAGGAAAUGGAAUCACACGAUGUUGUCUCUUGGUCUGCACUGAUAUCAAGCCAUGCCCAGCAUGGCUGUGCUAGAGAUGCUUUACGCAUUUUCAAUGAAAUGAUGGAUGCGAAAGUGGUGCCUAAUGAGAUUACUUUUCUCGGUGUCCUUACUGCAUGUAGUCAUGCAGGAUUGGUUGAUGAGGGACUCAGGUAUUAUGGAAUUAUGAAUAAGGAAUAUGGGUUGAGCUCAACCAUAAAGCAUUGCACUUGUGUUGUUGAUCUCCUUGGACGAGCUGGGAGGCUAGCCGAUGCUGAGGCUUUUAUAAGGGAUUCGGUCUUUCAUGAUGACCCUGUCAUUUGGCGAUCUUUGCUGGCCUCAUGCCGUAUUCAUGAAGACAUGGAGAGAGGCCAACUUGUUGCGAAUCGGUUAAUGGAGCUGGAACCCACUUCCUCGGCAUCUUAUGUAAUUCUCUACAACAUGUGCUUGGAUGCUGGGGAGCUUUCCUUAGCUUCAAAAACUAGAGAUCUGAUGAAAGAGCGAGGCGUGAAGAAAGAGCCUGGUCUUAGUUGGAUUGAACUAAGGUCUGGAGUUCACUCUUUUGUUGCUGGUGACAAGUCCCAUUCAGAGAGCAAUGCAGUAUACACAAAACUGGCAGAGAUGCUUUCCAGGAUAGAAAAGGUGGCAAUCACUGAUAAUGCUGGCAAAGAGUCAAAUGAAAUCUCCAGCAGGGAGCAAGAUUUGGUGGGUUGCCAUAGUGAAAAACUAGCUGUGGCAUUAGGUAUGAUUCAUUUGCCACAAUCAGCACCUAUAAGAGUAAUGAAGAACUUGAGAGUUUGCCGUGACUGCCACUCGACUAUGAAAUUGAUAUCAAGAAGUGAAAACAGAGAAAUAAUCUUGAGAGAUACUAUUCGUUUCCAUCACUUUAGAGGUGGUUCAUGUUCUUGUGGCGAUUACUGGUGAUGACCUGUUCAAUUGUUCCAGGUCAGAGUCCUGGAAUAAAUAUGACAUAUUUUGUACAUUACAGAUUGCCACAGCAUGAAAGGGAAGAUCUUUGUGCAAUGAUGAAUAUUUCAGAAGAGAUUUUACACGUGCAAGUUGUUUUAUAUGUUACAAGACAUGUACAGUCAACACGAACCACUGUAAACUGUUGGUCCCUUUCAGUUUCUAGGGGACCUACCUACUUGGCGACCUGGAAGUCGCAGUAAAUCAGAAACACAGAUAGUUUUCUGCA